CGCCCCCGGAACCUUCUCAGCCCUCAUAUUUUCGCCAGACUGCAGCUGUUAACAGUUAUGCUGGCGCUCCGGCUCCUGCUGAGGUUCUCCGGCGGUCCGGGCCGUUCCGGGCUGCUCUGCGGUUCUCGGCGGGUCUUCAGGAAUGCGACCAAUCCUGUUUUCAGCACCAGCUUCACCUCCUUCAGCAGCAGUCCUCCACCCACAGAUGCCCGGGUUCUCCACAGUCUGGGCCGUCCGGUUCUCUCGCUGCGCCUCCCCGCUGGUCGAGUGUGUCGCUUCGUGCUGACGCCCAUGCUGACCACGGUGGGAGAACUUCUGCAGAACAUCACGGAGAAAGAUCCGCAAGUGGAGAGAACCGCCCUGCUGAACGCAGACGGACAGAGGAUCUCCUCCUGCACCUUCAUGGAAACGGUUCUAAAAGAGGAUUUCCAGCUCGUCAUCAACGACACAGUUCUCCAUGUCCGCUCCCCAGGACAAGGCUCGUCUCAUGAACACGUUCUGGAUCUGGAUGACAUGAAGAACCUGGUUCACCUGCUGCAGUCCGCACUCAGUCUGCCUCAGCAGCUUCACCAGAGACACAGUGAGCUGCAGAACCGGAGAACCCAGCUCCGCCUGCAGCUGGAACCGCUGGAAAACGUUCGAGCGAAGCUGGAGAAGGAGGCGGGGCUUAGAGCCACUAUGCUGGGAUGGGUGGGGCUUGCCUACCUGUCACUGCAGGGAGGAUUUCUGGGAUACCUCACCUGGUAUGUGUUUGCGUGGGACAUCAUGGAACCCGUCACGUUCUUCAUUUCCUGCACCACCAGCAUGAUUUUCUUCGCCUAUUACAUCCUCACAAGACAGGAGUUUGCAUGUACUGGAGCCAGAGACCGUCAGUUCCUCCAGUUCUUCCACCGGAACGCGUCGCAGCAGAGAUUCGACGUCGAGAAAUACAACGAGCUGAAAGAGGAGCUGGCCCAGGUGGACGACGAUCUGCGGAGGCUGCGGAGCGCCGUGCGCCUGCAGCUGCCCGUGGAACACAUCCCAGCCCGGAGAACCGCCUGAACUGAGGAACAGCCAGGACGUUCUGCUGCUUCCACCUCGGGUCCUCGUAUAGAAACAUAUCUAUACCGCGAGAGAACACUGACGUUUACAAAGUUGUGACUGAAUUCUAGAACCCUGAGUGUUUUUCCUUCUCUGUUACGAUUCUUCCUUUAUGUUCUUUAGAUUUAACGCCGGCUGUUCGUUCUUCUUUAGCGCCUUAACGACAGCAUGGGUUCUCCAGUUCUAAGAAUAAACAAAGUGGUGA